AUGAACUCCGGUGAUAAGAUUCAAGUCAUAAUUCCAAAAUGGCGUAUUUCGAAGGUGGAGAAUAUUAUUAAGGAAGGAUCAUUUUAUGUACUAGAAAAUUUUGAAAUACUUCCAAAUAAUGAUGCGUACCCGCCAACAAAACACCCUUAUGUUUUGAAGUUUCACGAGUGCACUGCUGUUAGGCCGUCGGGGAUUCUCAAUAUUCCCCAUUACAUUUUUAAUUUCGUCAACUUUAGCGAACUUGCGAGUAAUGCUGAUUACUCUUUGCGCGUGUUUGCAAGACUAAGUUGCCCGCGUGAGAUAUUGCGAGUUGAGCCUAGCAGAGGGGUUACUGCAGUUCGGCAGCUAAACCACGAAGAUGAGAGGCUCAGAGUUGACCGGUUAUGUUAG